AUGUGGUGUACACGAUGGUAUCUCCCGCUGGUGCUGCUUCCUAUACCGAUCGCCCCACCGUACUUCCUGUGCCUCUUCAUAUUCUCGGCAACAAUGCACGCGAGGCCAUGUUUCUACUGCAUGGUCCUGCUCUUUGCGAUGUUCAUCUCCUCGUGUUACUGGCCUCCGGUCGCCGUUGACACGCCUCUAGUACAACCAUGGGCCGACAACAUCACUACGUUUGCGGACGCAUUGCGACACGUAAUGCCGGACCUUCCCGAGGACAAGGUGCCCUCUACCAUCGCCGUCGCGGACCGCUGUUGGUGCGACCUCUCCGGUGGCUUCUUCACGCCGUACAACACGUCGAGAUGGGAAGAGGCAAGCAUGCUCAGGACAAAGCACAGCUUGGAGGCGGCGAUGGAGAGGGAGCGGAGGGAGUCCAUGCGCCGUCAAUGCGAGGAAAGCACCGAGGACCCGAUGCCGCCACUCCAAGAGGCGCCUGCUUCUCCGAAGGGCGCAGCAUCUACGCCGAAGAAAGGGGUCAUUCCGUGGCUCGCUGCAGAGUAUGACUUGCGCAAGUUUGGGUUCAACAUGGUGCUGGACCUGACUUGGCCGGAUUCAGGACGUUGA